AUGGUCGAGUUUACUGAUUACUUCAACAGAGAAGUGACGCCAUCGACGGAGUACACAAGAACAUCUUUUAAAGAUUCUUCCGAUUACCCGAAGCAGGAAGAGUUUAUCAUUUCUGCUAAAGACAGAAAGUAUGAUAGACAGUAUUUUUCCAUGUACCAAUAUCGAUUCAAGAAUUUGAAAGAACGAAUUAUAGGCAACGCUAUUCAAAAAUGGGGCGACGGUACAAAAAGAGUCAACGGACAGACAAUUGUCAAACAGGACAAGAUUUUGGACAUUACCAGCGGGAAGUUGUGUUGGGUUGUUGGGACUGUGUUCUGUGAUUUGAAGGACAAGUUGAAUAUCUUCCAGGAUGUAGAAAAAGGAAUUGAUGACGUAUUGCCAUUAGUUCCUGACUCCUAUGUUGGAGAUGAUGAAAAUUCCAUGACAACUAUGCUUGAGGACGAGUCUGGAAGGGCUAUUUUGCACAACGAGGAGUUCUUGAGUAAAAACAUACUAGUUACUGGAUGCAUUGUGGGUGUGCUUGGAAUCGAGAUUCUGGCCGGAAUAUUUGAGAUUAUGGAUAUUGUGUAUCCUGAGGCAUCUCCACAGAAGCCGUUGACCUUGAAAGCUUCCGAAGGGAAGGGUAAAGUAGCGAUCGUUUCUGGAUUGAACUUGGAGGAAGGUGUAGAUGCUGAUUUGAAGCUUGAGCUCUUGAAGCAGUAUGUUACAGGUAGUUUGGGACUGUCUGAAGAUUCCAAGACUGCUAGCAGUGUCUGUAGGUUGAUAAUCGCUGGAGAUUCUGUAAAACCCAUAAAAGAGAUGUCCGAUCGAAGCAACCGUGAUUUCGUCACUACCAAUAAUUAUGGGUCGAAAAACAUCUCACAAUACAAUCCAGAGUCUCUUGUCAAGUUCGAUGAGUUUUUGAGAGAAAUACUUGUCAGUUUACCAGUCUCAGUCAUGCCAGGGAACAACGAUAUGGGCGAAAUAUGUUUACCACAACAGCCUCUUCAUAAGUCGCUAUUCCACAGCAACGCCAGGUAUUUGAAUGGUGAAUACUUAGAACGAUUGACCAACCCAUACUGGUUCAAUUUUGGCGAAUUACGUGUGUUAGGCACUUCGGGACAAAACGUCCAUGAUAUCUUGAAAUACUUGUCCAAGAAUACAACUGCAGCACCAGAACUCAUUUUAAAGAUUAUGGAAUCCCAUAUCAAAUGGCAGAAUUUUAUUCCUACGGCUCCGGACACUUUGUACUGCUAUCCGUUUGACAACAGUGAUCCGUUUACGUUAGUGGAUGAGACUCCACAUGUAUAUUUUGUUGGUAACCAGCAACAAUAUGCUAGUGAAGUAUAUACCUACGCUAGUACGACUACAGGAAACAGCGGUUCGGUCCGGUUGGUUAGUGUACCGAGGUUCAGCGAAACCGGCGAAUUGGUAUUGCUUGAUUUGGAUACAUUGGAGACAGAAGUGGUGCAAAUACUGUUGUAG